AUGGAUCCCCUGCAAACAGUCCAUUUGGGCCCUCGGAAGAAGAGACCCAGGCAGACGAGUGCCUUGGUAGCCUCCACUCCUCAUGACAUCAGAUUUCAAGGCUUGGUCCUCUUCAUUUUGGAGAAGAAAAUGGGAACCACCCGCAGAGCCUUCCUCACGGAGCUGGCGCGCAAGAAGGGAUUCAGGGUGGAAAAUGAGCUCAGUGAUUCUGUCACCCACAUUGUAGCAGAGAACAACUCGGGCUCAGACGUUCUGGAAUGGCUUCAGUUACAAAACAUCAAAGCCAGCUCCCAGCUAGAACUCUUGGACGUCUCCUGGUUGAUAGAAUGCAUGAGAGCAGGGAACCCAGUGCAGAUGACAGGAAAACACCAGCUUGUUAUGAGACAAGACUAUUUGCCUAACCCCAUCCCGGACCCUCAGAAGACUCCAUCACUUGCUGUACAAAAGAUUUCUCAGUACGCUUGUCAGAGAAGAACCAUUAACAACAAUAACCACAUAUUCACGGAUGCCUUUGAUAUACUGGCUGAAAAUUCUGAGUUUAGAGAGAAUGAAUGUUCUUGUCUGGCAUUUAUGAGAGCGGCCUCUGUGUUGAAAUCUCUGCCAUUCACCAUCAGCAGCAUGAGGGACACAGAGGGGAUUCCCUGUCUGGGGGACAAGGUGAAGUGUAUCAUGGAGGAAAUUAUUGAAGAUGGAGAAAGUUCUGAUGUUAAUGCUGUGUUAAAUGAUGAACGAUAUAAAUCCUUCAAACUCUUUACUUCUGUUUUUGGAGUGGGGCUGAAGACAUCUGAGAGAUGGUUCAGGAUGGGUUUCAGAACUCUGAAUAAAAUAAGGUCAGAUAAAAGCUUGAAGUUCACACGAAUGCAAAAAGCAGGAUUCCUCUAUUACGAAGACCUUGUCAGCUGUGUGACCAGGGCAGAAGCAGAGGCAGUCAGCAUGUUGGUGAAAGAGGCUGUCUGGGCAUUUCUUCCUAAUGCCCUUGUCACCAUCACAGGAGGUUUCCGGAGGGGUAAGAAGAUUGGACAUGAUGUAGAUUUUUUAAUUACCAGCCAAGAAGCAACAGAGGAAGAAGAGCAACAACUCUUGCAUAAAGUUACAAAACUGUGGGAAAAGAAGGGAUUACUUUUAUACUGUGACCUUGUGGAGUCGACAUUUGAAAAGUUCAAGUUGCCUAGCAGAAAGGUGGAUGCUUUAGAUCAUUUUCAAAAAUGCUUUCUCAUUUUGAAAUUGCACCAUCAGAGAGUGGACAGUGACAAGUGCAGCCAGCAGGAAGAAAAGACAUGGAAGGCCAUCCGUGUAGACUUGGUCAUGUGCCCCUAUGAGCGCCGGGCUUUUGCCCUGCUGGGAUGGACUGGCUCCCGG